AUGUAUCCUAAAGGCCAAUUUAUACUUUUGCGUUAGGUGCGCGUUAUAGGUACGCCGUAACAUACGCAUAGACGCGAACCCUGUCGCCGUAGCCUUCGCAGUACCUGACGUGCACCUCCUCAAAAAUGUAACUACACGUCGAAACGACGCGGACCGCAAGAUCUGUGAUUGGUCGGCGUGAAUGCAUUGUGUUUCCUCCUACGCAUUUCCGGCGUGUUCUUCGCAGCCCGCCAUUUUUAAAUGCAGCGGCGAACUAGUAAACAUGGAAAUGGAUCAAGCUACCGAGAGACUGAUAGAAGAAGUGAGGAAAUACAGCCAUUUGUAUGACUCGUCUUCACCGAAUUACAAAGAUUGCCAGAUGGCAGCGAAUUCGUGGAGAGAGAUUUCCUCUAACGUCGGUUUGGAUGUGGCGGAUUGUAUGAAGAGAUGGAAGAGCACUCGAGAUAAGUACGUUCGACUCCGUAAGAAACUUGCCAAAAGGAGCGGGGAUCCAGGAGGGAAAAAAGUGCCUGCGUUCUAUAUAUUUUUGUCCUGGCUGGCACCACACGUAAAACACCGGCUUACGGAGUCAAACUUUGAUGAUAAGUCACAGGAUGAGAGUGAUUCAAGCGCGAACUGCACUGGUUCAGAUGCUGUGGGACCUCAAAACAACAACAACAAUGCAGAUCUACCAAGGAGUAGCCCCCAUCACCAGCCAUCUCUUUCGUCCCCCCAGCCAUCUCUUUCGUCCCCCCAGCCAUCUCUUUCGUCCCCCCAGCCAUCACUUUUGUCCCCCCAGCCAUCACUUUUGUCCCCCCAGCCAUCUCUUUCAUCCCCCAGUCCAAGGUUGGCACAGAAAAGGAAGAGGAAGGAAGAAGAUGACUGGAUCCAAACGCAGGUUGCUCGUUUGGAGGCUCAGUUGGAGGAACGACGGUUGGAGAUGCAACAGCGACUGAGUCAAGUAAACGAUGAGAGUGAUCGGUUUGGACACACUGUUGCCGAUAUGCUGCGACGGGUGCCGGAGGAGCACAGGGCACAUGCAAUGUUUGAGGUGUCCAAGAUCCUCUUCGAGUGGCAGCUGAAAAAAUAAACGACAGCUUACUUCUGCCAUGUUGCACCUUUUAAUUCUGUGCAUCUUAGCAAUAUUUUACUUAUUUGUCUGUUUUUACAGUUUUGUAUACAGUUUGCACUUUUGAAUCUUUUAAAUAUUUGUCAGUUUGCACACUUUUGUAGUUUGCACUUGUACAUGUAUUAACUUGGUUGUUUUAUAGUCAGGUUACGUAGUUUGUUUUAUACAUUUAGGCGAUAAUAGUUUGCAAAUUUUUAUAUAUAGUUUGCACUUUUUAAUAUUUUGUUAUAAAGGAUAUAUAUUUUGUAUCUUUUCUGUUUUCUCUUGUGCAUCGCUUGUUAUUGUUAAAGGAGUGGUCCACUUUAAAGAUGGGGUCCAUUGACUUUUUAUAGUAGGAAAAAAAUACUAUGGUAAGUCAGUGGGCCCCAUCUUUAAAGUGGACUACUCCGUCAAUAAUUGUAGGUCACUACACCACCAUUAAAGAUUAAUGUAUGGUUUGCUCUUUUGCAUCUAUUUUUAAUAUAAACCAUUCCAGACACCUUAAUACAUUGCACUAGUUUGCACCAAUUCUGUCUGUUCGUACUGUUUGAUUUUGUGUGGUGCAGGUUACAAUAAAUUAAGUUGAAUAACAGUCCACACGUGUGUAUAGUAUGUUCUUUUGCACCCAUUUUCUAAUAGAAAUAAUGUAGACCAUUGAAGCUUGACAUAUUGCAUCAUCUUGUACGUAGCUUGACUGUUUAUGUGAGUAGUUUGCAUAUUUAAAAAAGUAUUAUUUCAACAUUGUAUUGUGUAGGUAACUGUAAUCAAAGAACA